CAAAACAAGGACAUGGAAAAAUGUAGCUAGCUAGAUGCACAGUUUCAAUCACCGUUACACUUUGUAAUUAGAAUUGGCUGGUUAUGGUAAAGAAACUUGAUUAGGCGUGAAAUCUCUUAUUUAGAAACCGCUAUUAUCAAAAUACUUAGAAUAAGUAACGUACACAGCGGAGCGGCGGCAGGUGUCACAAACGGAAGAAGUCCAUGUAACGUUAGCUAAAGUAUCGCGUGACCGCAAAAACGAAACGAAAGUUUACCGAUUUGCUUUGUUCUGUGGCUACUUGCUAAAUAUUGUGAAUCAUCUCUUUAUUUACUGCAUCGAUUUCAUAAAAUGGAUAUAAUUUGCUCGGUUUGUUUUAGUAACGUUAGAUAGCUAUCGGACCAUCAGACUCAAAUGAGUGCUUCCAGCUGGUUCGCUGGCUAGGUGCUAGCUAAAUGGCUAGCUAACUUGAGAAGUUGACAGAGAUGGAGGAUGUAAUUUCGCUCAGCUCGGGGAGCGGAGAGGACUCGGAUGUUGAAGUUGUAGGUGUUUACAAUGACACCGAGAACAAGGCCGAGGCAAGACCAUUUAUCAGAGGAGGAUGGGUCAAUCUGGCUGCCUACACACCGUUUGUGAUUGACAUUACUGGUCGGAGGUGGGCUCUAACACCACCAAGGAGGCGCAGGAGGAGGGACCCAGGUGGGCCUGUAGAAGUGGUGGACUUGAGUGACAACAACCUCUCUGAUCACUCGGAUCCAGGGCCGGUGAGUCCACUACCUCAGGGAGAGAAAAAGACUGAGGGACUUUCAAAACACGAAGGACCACAUACCAUAAGUCCAGGUUCUCUGUCCUGCUCCCCAACUGAACAAGAGUUGGAGAACAAAGCUAUUUUAAAAGCAGAAGAAAGUGACAUCCUUGAGUCCAAUCAGAGUUCUCUCAGGGAUUCUUCUUCAACUGGACCACCAGAUGUCAAGAACGCUGUGAAAAGCUCAGACGCAGACAAUCCAAAAUGUCCUGUCAAAUCACCAAGUGUGCCUAAAUCUGAACCGCCUGCAGAGGAGGCAGGAGCCUCAGGGUCUUCCUCUUACCAGAUAACUUGGGAGUCACAACAGUGCUCGGGUAUAACUUCUCAACCACUGUGUGAAGGGAAAGAAGAGCCAGAAUGCCUCAAGUCCAAGACCCAAACCUCUAUAACCAUUCCAAAUAAAGCUCAGACAAGCUGCACUGGAAAAGUAGAAAAGCAUGCAUUCGAAGAGCAGGAAAUAGAAUCUAUGUUUACAACGGACAAACCUCUUCUCGUAGAGGAAAGGGAAGAACCAGGGUCCCCACAAUCACUACUUGAUGCUACUCUCUCCCUCUCCCCCCAAAGCCUAGACAGCCCCUAUUACGUCCCUGAUGAUGUAGACCCGGACCCUUUCAGGUUCUCAGAGGAUUGGGGUGCACAUGAAACGCAGCACAACGACACCUGUUAUUCCCCUACACACAUCCCCUUUGAGAGUUCUCUCUCUCCACCUCUACCUGAUGAUCAGACAGUGUGUCUCAACCAGAGUGACCCAGAUAACUACCCCAACAGUACACACAGUCUCAAACAGGAUCCAGUCUACCCCUAUACCUCCCCUACCAAUGGCACCGGAUCAGCGCUGUUGGUGGAAAUAAAUCAACUUGAGGCCUUACACCGCACCAACUCCAGGCCCUGCUCUCCUUCCAUAGAACCAGACCAGCAGGCUCCCCCCCUCCCUCCACAGCUAACCACUGGAUCUACCUCCCCUGGCCCCUGCAUGGGAGGAACUCAUAGCAAUAAUGAGAGCCAGCCCAACCGGACCCCCAGCCCUACGUCCACAGUCAUCCUAGCUGGGGAGUCCCCAGACUGGCCUGUGGAUGAGACUGAGGCGGACCUGGUUAUGGAUAGCCCCCCGUACAUGUGUAGUAGUAUCCCCAGUGACCCUCCCAUGUUUUUGCAGUCUGAGGACAUGGAUGUGGAGGCAGGGCCCAGAUCUCCUGAGACCAGCCAGGCUGGUUUGGGGGCUGAGGGCUUGAUGACUAUUGCAUGGAGGGAUGGCAGUGAAGGAGAGGAGAUGGGUGGAGAGAGAGGAGGUGGUGAGGAUGACAUGGAGGUCAGCAGAGAGGACAGGCGCUAUGUGUGUCCAAUCCAGCUCAGGAAACUGAGGCAGCUGAUGGCUGGACCUGUUCAGGACCUGGAGGAUGAGGAAGAGGAGGACAAUGGUUUCGGCGACCCGGAGCCUCUGUGCAGACAGAGCCUGAGCCUGGUGUACAGCACCAUGGAGGAGAACUACCCAGAGGGUACCCUGCAGCUGCUGUCUGACCUGCUGCAGCCCCGCUUCUUCCCCCCCAUCGACAUCACCACCCACCUCCUCAGAGGCAUCCUGCUGGACCCCCAGUGUCCCAACUUUCUCUGUCUGGAAGCUUACACUCUCCUCAUGAGGACCCAGAGGCACAAUCACACCGAUCAGACCACUAUCCCAUGGGACUGGGAGCUGCUGACGUCAGUCAUGGAUGCUGAACAGAGCCGUGGUAGGAGGCUCUGCUGUGAGGUGGUGCGUAUGCUGCUGCAGUACGUCGUCCAGACCAUGGAGGAUGACUUCCGGGUCAAACUCUCCUUCCGUGAUCUCCACCAUUCCAUCGCCAAGGCAACCCUGUCAUGUGAUGUACGGUUCACCCAGGUCAGAGAUGUUAUCAAUUGGCUCUUUGCUGCUAUUGUGAAAUCAACAGGGGACAAAGACAACAUGUCUGCUGUCAUCGAGGUGAAAACACAGAAGGAAAAAGAUGAACAUCUAAAAAUGGUGUUCCUCCUCCAGAAGAUGCUGUCCUUGGCCUUGGAGGUGGAUCGCUCCCCAGCUCUCAACUCCAGCAAACUCUCCGGGGAACUCUUCCACAUGCUUAUCAGCACUGUCUGUCUGAGACAACACAGGCUGCUGUUGCUGGAGACCCUGGAGAGCAGACUACUGAGGUGUAAGCUGAUAGAGCACCUGCUGCACCAUGCAAGUCCACAGAAGACCCCUCUGCCCAUGUCUCUGAGUCUGCUGCUACACUUCCUACACAACGCCACCCUCCCACCUGACCCUACGGAUGGAGCUGAGAGCUGGAAAAAGUGGGAGGAGUUGGUCCAACUACUAUGGAUGUUGUUGCUGAGCUACGAGGAAGUGAUGAAAGGUCACCUGCGCUCUGCAGUCACCGAGCGAUGGGGCUACGGUCGCGCUCCGAUCCAGACGGUGAAUGAUUCUUUGUCGCGGUUGGCGGUCCAGGAGGCUAUAGAGGCCAUCCUGUCCAGAGCCCAGGCUGACCUGGGCCAAGACCUGCCUCCACAUGUCCACGAGUCCCUCACCUACCUGCAGGAUCACCUGCUGGCCUCCUCGCAUUGACGAUAAGCUCAGCGCUUGGGUUCAAGCGGCCGUUGAUUGAUUUCUAUUUAUUUUUGUAAUGAUUGAUUCAUUUUUCAAAUUUUCCACCAAUUAAUUGUUUUAAAUAAAUAUUUAUUGUUUUUUAAGUAAUGGUCUUUUAUCUGUGUUUGCUAUGACUUAGUAUUGGUGGGACCUGUGUAGACAGUCUGACUGCAUCUAAGGCUCUGUUUCUUUUUCCUGCACCAUAUGAAGUAAGCCAGUAAUUCAAGACCCAUAUGCUGAUAGGUUGCAUGGUCUCCAGUCAAGCAAAGAAACAAGUGUAUGAAGAACGUAGUGUAUAGCUCAGCCUACUCCUUCAUUAGGGGUUGGAUUACAGUGUCCAUGAUUUGCUCAUUACAAUGACCAAUGAAUGGUUCACCUCUUAAUAAGCG